AUGUCUCUGCCACGCGUCGGUUCGCUCGAGACGUUCCUGGGGAUCCCUGGCGGCGCAAACCGCGGGGAUGGGGACUCCCGCCGUGGCUCCGUCUCGUCCAUUGGCUCCGCGUCGCUGCGGGCGCGCAAGAUCACGUUCAACCCGCUCCCAGAGUCUUGGGAUCCGGGUUAUCGAUCCUUUGGCGAUGAGGGGCUCGACGGUCCUGGUGCGCCCCAGCUGUCUCAACAGCAACACCAUCACCAACAGCCGCAGUCUGUUGGUGCCUUUGAGGUUCCGCAGUGGAGGCGCAUCUUGCAAGUCAUCGUCACCGUGAUAAACUGCCUGCUCGCAGCAGGCAUAGUCUUCGGCUACGCGGCCAUCAAGCCGGUCCUCAAGAAAGAGGGCGCCUACCGCGACGUCUGCGACGGCGACGACACCUGCGUAGAGCUGCACCUCAACUUCAUGUUCACCGUCGCCGCCGUGGCGACCAACAUUGCCGCCCUUCCCAUCGGCGCCAUCCUCGACCACUACGGUCCCCGCGUGUGCGGGCUCCUGGGGGCCUGCUUCCUCGCCGUUGGCGCCCUGAUGCUCGCCUUCGCUGCCGACCUCCCGUUCGACGGCUUCUUGAGCGGUUACCUGUUCCUCGCGCUCGGUGGACCAUUUACGUACAUCGCGUCAUAUCACCUCUCUAAUGCGUUCCCGCGGCGGUCGGGCCUGAUCUUGGCCCUGCUCACGGGCGCAUUUGACGCCUCGAGCGCGCUGUUCCUCGUGUACAGGCUCGUGUACGAGAGCACGGGGGACUCGCUUGGACACCACGAGUUCUUCCUCGCGUACCUGGUGGUGCCCGUGCUGAUCAUUGUCACGCAGCUGACCAUCCUGCCGAAGCAGUCGUACAAGACGGUGGGAGAAAUGGUGGACGACAUCCAUGCCGGCCCCAUUGGCGGCGGCGGCGCCGCCCUGUAUGACCCCGACAACGAAGACGCCAUCGUGGACGACCAGGUUGACGAGCAGACCGCCCUGCUGAGGGAGGAGCAGCGCCAGAGCGACCUCGAGCACCAGGCCGCGAUUGCCGGGAUCGACGAGCUCCUCGGCAACGAGCCGGGCAAGAACCUGGUCGACGAGCAGAUCUCGCGCGAGGAGGCCAAGAACGAGCGCAGCGGCGUGUGGGGCGCGAUGCACGCGGCCACGGCGUGGGAGCAGCUGUGCUCGCCGUGGUUCGUGCUCGUGUGCCUCUUCACCGUGGUGCAGAUGACGCGCAUCAACUACUUUGUCGCGACGAUCCGGGGCCAGUACGAGGCGCUGCUGGGCUCGCCCGAGGGCGCCGUCGAGAUGAACAACUUUUUCGACCUCGCGCUCCCGCUCGGCGGCAUCAUCUCGAUCCCGUUCAUCGGCGGGAUCCUCGACGGCACGAGCACCGUGGCCGUGCUCGCGACCCUCGUCGCCGUGGCCACCUCGAUUGGCGCGCUCGGCGUCCUCCCUUACACGUGGGCGGGCUACGCCAACAUUGUCCUGUUUGUGCUGUACCGCCCGUUCUACUACACCGCCGUCAGCGACUACUGCGCCAAAGUGUUUGGCUUCCGCACCUUCGGUACCGUGUACGGCACCAUCAUCUGCCUCGCCGGCGUGCUCAACUUCAGCCAGAGCCUGCUCGACUACAUGUUCCGCGUCACCUUUGGCGGCAACCCGGUCCCCGUGAACCUGAUCCUCCUCGUGACGGGCCUGGUCAUUGGCCUGUUGCUGGUCGCGUACGUGUGGGUGCAGGCGAGGCUGCUCAGGGGCAAGAAGAUGGUCCACGUGACGGCUUGA